AACACUGGAAUAUUCAUGCAGGAUAUUCCUAUCUAUACAGGCAGCAGCACCCCCAGUGCCAAGAGCUCAGCUGGGAUGAAGACUGCUCCUCAGUGCUGAGGUCUCCUCUCCCCUGCUCUGUUGUGUGACUGAGCUGAUAAUGCACUAUCAGAGCGAGGAGGACACUAUAUAGAGGACCUCCCUCUCCACCCUCAGCAACUCUGCAACUCUGCACUCUUUUGGAAUCAUCCCGUUUUCUCAGUUCUGCUUCUAUUUGGUUUGCUGUCAUCAGGAGGAGUUCCUUGAGACUUUCCCCAAAAGGACCCUAUACUCCACCCAGAGGACUGCACUGUAAAGAGGUUUAGGGUGGGUUUUUUCCUUCAAAACUGUGGGGAAAAAUGAAUGGCCCAGCAGAUUCAAGCCCACUCUUCAAUUGCUCAAAUCAAUCAAAUUUUGCUUUGGAAACGUCAGAGCAAUGUGGCAAAGAGACACACGUGGAGAACAUCCUUUUUGCCACUUUCUACUUCCUGGACUUCAUCCUGGCUUUUGCUGGCAAUGCCCUGGCUCUUUGGCUCUUCAUUCGGGACCAAAAGUCAGGCACACCCGCCAACAUCUUCCUGAUGCAUCUUGCUGUGGCAGACCUGUCCUUUGUGCUGGUACUUCCCACCCGGCUGGUGUACCAUUUUUCUGGUAACCACUGGCCAUUUGGUGAGAUCCCUUGCAGACUCACCGGCUUCCUUUUUUACCUCAACAUGUAUGCCAGCAUCUACUUCCUCAUGUGCAUCAGCAUUGACCGUUUCCUGGCCAUUGUGCACCCCGUGAAGUCCAUCAAGCUCCGCAGGUCCCGGUAUGCCCACGUGGCAUGUGCCUUUCUGUGGGUCAUUGUUGGGGUGGCCAUGGCACCUCUGCUGCUCAGUGUGCAGACAGUCCAGAUGGAAAACACAACCGUCUGCCUGCAGCUCUACAGAGAAAAGGCCUCACGUCAUGCCCUCGUGUCCUUGGCAGUGGCAUUCACCUUCCCCUUUGUCACCACAGUGACUUGCUACUUACUCAUCAUCCGAAGCCUGAAGAGUGGGAACAGAGUUGAGAAACACCUGAAGGAAAAAGCUGUCAAAAUGAUCAUCAUGGUCCUGAUGAUCUUUCUGAUUUGCUUUGUACCUUAUCACGUCAACCGCUACAUUUACAUUCUCCAUUACAACGGCACCAGAACCUCCUGUGAGACCCAGCGCGUCCUGGCCCUCAGCAACCGGGUCACCUCCUGCCUCACCAGCCUCAACGGGGCCCUCGACCCAGUCAUGUAUUUUUUUGUAGCUGAGAAAUUCCGUGAGGCUUUGUGCAAUCUGUUCUGCAUUAAAAAGACUCUAACGCUGCCCCAAACGUACGAGGGUAAGACAAAUGAAAGCUCACUAAGUGCUAAAUCUGAACUGUGA